UCUCAAUGUUUCUUCUCCCUUGUCUUCCUUAAUAUCUUCGACCAUUCAUUACCAGUCUCCAACAAUGGCAAGGGCAAUGGCUUUUUCACCAUUCUUUCUUUUCCUUGUUUCUCUUUAUCUCAUCAUUGCAAAUGGGGUUCACUCUUUUGGAGAGAAGAAGACUUUCAAAGUGCAAAACUUGCAGGCGAAACCACAACUUGCUCCCCUGGGUUGUCUCCUCCCAGAAUCAAGAAGGGAGAAAGGCGCUGUUGUGAUGGAAAUGAAGGACAGGGAUCAUUGUUCAACGAAGAAACAUGAUUGGAAUAGGAGGCUUCAGAAACAACUGGUGUUUGAUAAUCUUCGUGUACGUUGGAUGCAAAACCGAAUCAGAAAAUUGGUCUCUGGUCGUAUUGAGGAUGUUUCAGAAACCCAAGUUCCAUUAACUUCUGGUAUAGUUCUCCAAACUCUAAACUACAUUGUCACAAUGGGAUUGGGUAGCCAGAACAUGACAGUGAUUGUUGACACUGGAAGCGACCUGACAUGGGUCCAAUGUGAGCCUUGCAAGGCAUGUUAUGAUCAACAAGGACCUUUGUUCAAGCCUUCUACAUCCCCUUCCUAUCAAUCAGUUCUUUGUGACUCAACAACCUGUCAAUCUCUUCUUUCUGCUACUGGAAAUUCAGAAACAUGUGAAAAUAACGCAUCGCCUUGCAGUUACAUUGUUAACUAUGGUGAUGGGUCCUAUAGUAAUGGUGAACUAGGUAUGGAGAACCUUAGUUUUGGAGGUAUACCAAUAAACAACUUUGUAUUUGGUUGUGGUAAGAAUAACAAAGGUCUGUUUGGAGGAACCUCAGGCCUGAUGGGUUUAGGAAGAAGUAAACUCUCAGUGAUCUCACAAACGGAUUCUAUAUUUGGAGGAGUUUUCUCUUACUGUUUACCAACAACGGAUGACGGAGCUUCUGGGUCAUUAGUUAUGGGUAAUGAAUCUUCGGUUUUCAAGAAUGUUACUCCCAUUGCUUACACCAGAAUGAUUCCUAAUCCACAGCUAUCUACCUUUUAUGUUCUGAAUCUUACCGGCAUUAAUGUUGGCGGUGUUGCUCUUCAAGCUUCAAGUUUUGGCAAUCAUGGGGUAAUAAUUGAUUCUGGAACUGUGAUCACAAGGCUUGUUCCAUCUGUUUACAAGGCUUUGCAGGCAGAGUUCUCAAAACAGUUCACUGGUUUCCUUUCAGCACCAGGGUUUUCAAUUUUGGAUACUUGUUAUAACCUUACUGGGUAUCAAGAUGUAAACAUACCCACCAUAAGAAUGUAUUUUGAGGAUAAUGCUGAGCUGAAUGUGGAUGUAACUGGCAUACUCUAUGUGGUAAAAGAGGAUGCUUCGCAAGUUUGUUUGGCACUGGCAAGUCUUUCCGAUGAAUAUGAAAUGAGCAUUAUUGGGAAUUAUCAGCAGAGGAACCAGAGGAUAGUAUAUGAUAUCAAACAGUCUAAAGUGGGAUUUGGAGGGGAGCCUUGUGGUUUCUCAUGAAUGGAGAACAUUUACCAAAGAAUAUGUCUUAAGGAGGAUAUAGUUCUUUGAUGCAAAACUUAAGGAAUGUUUGAUAUGAGAAGAGAAACAUAAUUCGUUUCUCUGACACAAAAAAACAAAAAGUAAUAUUAUUAUGUUAUUGUUAUCUUUACCCAGCAAUUGUCCUUUAUUAUUAUAAUGAUUU